CGCGGGAGGGGACACGGGGUGGCAGCUGGCACACGGGAUGGCACCGCAGCCGCGCUCCGCUGCCCGCUGGCUCCCGGAGAGCUCCGUGCGUCGGCCGCGGGCAGGGCAGGAGAGAUUCCCUGUGCCUGUGCGGGGCACGGCUCAGAGCCAUACCCGGGGAGGGUCGGUGAGGCACGGCACGGUCCCCGUCUCACCUACGAGCGCCAGCGGUCCAGCCUGUGGAGCCUUUGCCGCGGGGAGCUCUGCGAGAACCCGCGGGUACCGGCCGUGCGGACCCUGCCCGGUGUGUGCCGGCCGUGCGGACCCUGCCUGGUGUGUGCCUGCCGUGCGGACCCUGCCUGGUGUAUGCCGGCGGUGCGGAGCUUCCCUGAGUGUGCCGGCAGCUCAGAGCCUGCCCGAACGCCGCAGCUGUGCCGCGGGGCUACGGGCGGUGCCCCGGCCUCUCGCUCUGCUCCUCCGGCCCCUCGCCCCGCUCCCCGGUCUGCCUGAUGCUGGGCGAGGUCAGCCCAGGGCACGGCUGGCGACUUCAAGCUCUGCUUCCUCCCCGCCUUGCCCAGGUGUCAAUGCCAUGCUUAGGAAGGUGGCGGUGGCAGCUGCCUCCAAACCCCAUGUGGAGAUCCGCCAGGACGGAGACCAGUUCUACAUCAAAACUUCCACUACUGUCCGCACCACUGAGAUCAACUUCAAAAUCGGGGAGAGCUUUGAGGAGGAGACGGUGGAUGGACGAAAGUGCAGGAGUUUGGCCACUUGGGAGAAUGAAAACAAGAUCUAUUGCAAACAAACUCUUAUUGAGGGAGAUGGUCCCAAAACGUACUGGACUCGAGAACUGGCUAAUGAUGAGCUGAUUUUGACCUUUGGUGCUGAUGAUGUUGUGUGCACAAGAAUUUAUGUAAGAGAGUAAAAACAUCCAUUUACUUGUCAUCUGGGAUGAAGUGGAGAACUGUGAAAAGCCCCAGUACAAGGAGUAUCUAUGUGUGCUCUUACUAAUGCGGUGUUGUAUGUGACCGUGUGUGUUGUAGCUGAACCCAGAUCCUCUGUUAAGUGUAUUUUGCUCUCCAUUUUCAUUUCAGACACCAUUCCUUCCCACUUUUAUGCCAUCAGUUCUCUUGUCUGCUUUGUAUUUUGUAGUUGUCACUUGCUAUGGUUUCCUUGGUUAUUAAACUUAUUUGGCAUAACUCA